AUGUGGCUCAUCAACACACGCACACUCAAACUUGAGGAGUUCUUUGACGCUGCUAUCCCCGACUACGCCAUCCUAUCGCAUACUUGGGGAAGCGACGAAGUCUCCUUCCAAGAGUUCAAGAGCCUCGAUAUCACAAGCGGAGACCCUGCAGAUCUUAUAAUCAAAGACAGAGCUGGGUACCCAAAGAUCAUAAAGGCGUGCGGGAAAGCCCUGGAGUACCGUCUUCGAUAUGUUUGGGUCGAUACCUGCUGUAUCGACAAAACAAGUAGUGCGGAACUGUCGGAGUCAAUCAACUCCAUGUUCAAAUGGUACGAAAAUGCACAAAUCUGCUUCGCAUACCUAUCCGAUGUACCGGCAACCCAAGACGCGACUGAUCCGGCAUUCGUGAACUCUCGCUGGUUCACAAGAGGAUGGACGUUACAGGAGUUGCUCGCACCUCGAGAGUUGCUUUUCUUCGCGUCGGACUGGACUCUGAUCGCAAGCCGUGAGGACACGGCGGCCUCCGUGAGCAAUAUUACAGGCAUCGAUCGGACGUACCUGGAAUCCUCGAUAUCGGAGCAAAAUACCCGCCUGAGAUUGUUGACAGAGGCCAGUAUUGCAGAGAGAAUGAGCUGGGCAGCUUGGCGAACGACUACUCGCGUUGAAGAUAUUGCAUACUGCCUGCUGGGUAUCUUCGGAGUGAACAUGCCUCUCAUGUACGGAGAGGGUCAAAAGGCCUUCUUCAGACUUCAAGAGCAGAUACUGCAGACGUGCUUCGACUCAACACUCCUCGCUUGGAACCCGACAGAUGAGCACGGACGUCCGCUGGCCUUUGACGAACUUGAACCGAGUUCUUCUUGGGCCUCCGCAGUGAAGAUGGUUAUGGGGAUGGGGCAUCCUUGGUCCGCUCCCGAGCAACCCCACUCCAACGCAUUGCCGAUGGGCCUUUUGGCUCCGAGCCCCGGGUGCUUCCUGCUUUGCAACGACAUCGUCGAAUGCGAAACCGUGCUCGACUGGACGCCAACCAGCCGUGGCCUCGAGAUUGAACUGCCAGUGUCAGACAACACCUGGCCGUACGCCAUCAUUCCCUGUCGAUUGCGUAACGACCCCUGGAGUCUCCUUGCGCUUCCUCUUGACGUUCACGAUGGCGGAGCAUACUCCAGAAGUCCACUGUCGGCGAUGAGAAUCAGCCAUCAUACCUGGCAUCAAUGGCCCAUGAGAAGGAUUCUGUUGAAGACAAGGAUACGUCCUAACUACGACACAGAACCCGUACCCUCGUGGUACGUGUGGAUCAAUAGCUUGCCUCCAGAGAUGGAAAUCCUCGAAAGAUACUCAGACUCAAAGCAUUAUGCAGCGGACACGCUGUUGCCUGUCUUUUCCGAACGCGAAACACAGACCAUCUCCAGCUCGCGGUAUGGAAUUGCCGGAAUGAAGCUCGAAUCGAAAGCUUCGAACGAGAGAUUCUCCCUCGCCAUCAAAGUUACCAAGACGUCAGCUUAUACAGACCUCGGCUCCUGGAUCUGGCCCCGAAGAUGGCCCUGGAGGUCAAAUAGUUUACAAGGUGGUCUCUAG